AUGCCCAUUACUUCCACAAUUAUCUCCAGUUUCUCUACUCUGCCAUUCGUUUUCAACGACUUUUCCCUUUUCAUUUCACCUCCGCUCCUCCCCAUCGCUAUACUACCACCUAAUGAAAGAGCAUCCACCGCUGCCUUGUGCAACUGCAGUAUAUAUACGCACAAACUAAAUCAGCUCAUCGAAAGCCAAUUUAUCAUCAACUCUUCCGUAUCUUUGUCCCGAGGCCUAGUCUUGGAGACAAAGAAUGAGCUUUUGAAAAAACGUAAAUUUCGCCCAUCUGGCCUGCUCGGGACAAAUCAGCUCCACGGCCUGUGUAACCCCAGAAGUGUUCUCUCUAUUCAAUGGACUUCCAAGCGCAGGAGAACCCAAGGGGAUGUUCCAGUGAGAGAUUUACAAAACAUACUCGUCCGUCCUUUUUUUGAUCGAGUUCGGGAGGGAAUCUCCCAUCGACUCUCACACAUAUCCGCCGAACAGCCUUCCGUUGAGGGUGAAAAUUCAAGUAAUGGUGGGGAUGCUGCUGGUAGAGCUGAGGGAUUGUUAUGGUACAAGGAUUCAGGUCAGCAUGUUAAUGGGGAAUUUUCAAUGGUAGUAAUUCAAGUAAACAGUCUAUUGGAAGAUUACAGUCAACUUGAAUGA